CUUUUUUCCCCCCGCGGAGCGCUGCUGGGCCUGCUGGUCUGUGGCGAGCCGCGGACGCCGGUCUCUGUUCCGUAGGAUGGGGUUUGUUAAAGUUGUCAAGAAUAAGGCUUACUUCAAGAGAUACCAAGUGAAAUUUAGAAGAAGACGAGAGGGUAAAACUGAUUACUAUGCCCGGAAACGCUUGGUAAUUCAGGAUAAAAAUAAGUACAACACACCUAAAUACAGGAUGAUAGUUCGCGUAGCCAACAGAGAUAUCAUUUGUCAGAUUGCUUAUGCCCGUAUAGAAGGAGACAUGAUAGUUUGUGCAGCGUAUGCUCAUGAACUCCCAAAGUAUGGUGUGAAGGUUGGCCUGACAAAUUAUGUUGCAGCAUAUUGUACUGGCCUGCUGCUGGCCCACAGGCUUCUCAAUAGGUUUGGCAUGGGUAAGAUCUAUGAAGGCCAAGUAGAAGUGACUGGAGAUGAAUACAAUGUGGAAAGCAUUGAUGGUCAACCUGGUGCCUUCACCUGCUAUUUGGAUGCAGGUCUUGCCAGAACUACUACUGGAAAUAAAGUUUUUGGGGCCCUCAAGGGAGCUGUGGAUGGAGGCUUGUCUAUUCCUCACAGUACCAAACGAUUCCCUGGUUAUGAUUCAGAAAACAAGGAAUUCAAUGCAGAAGUACAUCGGAAGCACAUCAUGGGUCAAAAUGUUGCAGAUUAUAUGCGUUACCUAAUGGAAGAAGAUGAAGAUGCUUACAAAAAACAGUUCUCUCAAUACAUAAAGAACAAUGUUACUCCAGACAUGAUGGAGGAGAUGUAUAAGAAAGCUCAUGCUGCUAUUCGAGAGAAUCCAGUCUAUGAGAAGAAGCCUAAGAAAGAAGUCAAAAAGAAGAGGUGGAACCGUCCCAAAAUGUCUCUUGCCCAGAAGAAAGAUCGGGUAGCUCAGAAGAAGGCAAGCUUCCUUAGAGCUCAGGAGCGGGCUGCUGAGAGCUAAUAAACCAAACCACAAUUUUCUAUGAAGAUUUUUCAGAUAAAGACAAUAAUAAACUUAUUCACCAAGCA